AGGAUGGACCCCCUGGGGUGGGAUGGACCCCCUGAGGUCAGGAUGGACCCCCCUGCCCCCCCCUGUCCCCCCAGGUACCCUGAGGUGAACAUCCAGAACUUCACCACCAGCUGGAGGGACGGCCUGGCCUUCAACGCCCUCAUCCACCGGCACAGGCCGGACCUCGUGGACUUCACCAAGCUGACCAAGUCCAACGCCACCCACAACCUGCAGGUGGCCUUCAACACGGCCGAGCAGCACCUGGGGCUCAGCAAGCUGCUCGACCCCGAGGAUGUGAACAUGGAGGAGCCGGAUGAGAAGUCCAUCAUCACCUACGUCGUGUCCUUCUACCACUACUUCUCCAAGAUGAAGGCUCUGGCCGUGGAGGGGAAGCGAAUCGGGAAGGUUCUGGAGCAGGUGAUGGAGAUUGGGGCCAUCACGGCUCGCUACGAGGCGCUGGCGGCCGAGCUGCUGGCCUGGAUCCACCAAACCAUCGCCGUCAUCGGCCACCAGAAGUUCGCCAACUCCCUGGCCGGGGUCCAGCAGCAGCUCCAGGCCUUCACCACCUUCUGCACCCUCGAGAAACCCGUCAAGUUCCAGGAGAAGGGCAACCUGGAGGUCCUGCUCUUCACCAUCCAGAGCAGACUCCGGGCCACCAACCGCAAGCUCUACGUGCCCAGCGAGGGCAGGAGCAUCUCUGACAUCAACAAGGCCUGGGGCCGGCUGGAGAAGGCGGAGCACGAGCGGGAGGUGGCCCUGAGGGAGGAGCUGAUCCGGCAGGAGAAGCUGGAGCUGCUGGCCCAGCGCUUCGACCACAAGGCCGGCAUGAGGGAGAGCUGGCUCAGCGAGAACCAGCGCCUCGUGUCCCAGGACAACUUCGGCUACGACCUGCCGGCGGUGGAGGCGGCCAUGAAGAAGCACGAGGCCAUCGAGGCCGACAUCUCCUCGUACCAGGAGCGCAUCCAGGUGGUGGUGGAGCUGGCCCUGGAGAUGGAGGCCGAGGGCUACUACGACACCAAGAGGAUCAGCGCCCAGAAGGACAACAUCCUGCGCCAGUGGGGCCUCCUCACCCAGCUGGUGGCGGCCCGGAGAGCCCGCCUGGAGCAGAACCUGGCCCUGCAGAAGAUCUUCCAGGAGAUGGUCUACAUGAUCGACUGGAUGGAGGAGAUGCAGGUCCUCCUGGUGUCCAAGGACCUGGGCAAGCACCUGCUGGAGGUGGAGGACCUUCUGCAGAAGCAGGGGCUGCUGGAGGCCGACAUCGCCGCGCAGACCGAGCGGGUCCAGGCCCUCAACGCCGCCGCCCUCACCUUCGCUGAGCUGGAGGGUUACCAACCCUGUGACCCUCAGAUCAUCCGCAACCGCGUCCACCACGUUCGCGCCUGCCUGGAGGAGCUGGCCCAGCUGGCGGCCAAGCGGCGCAAGGAGCUGGAGGAUUCCCGCCAGCUCUGGACCUUCUUCCAGGAGAUGGAGGAGGCCGAGGCCUGGAUGGGCGACAAGGAGAAGAUCCUGGCCCACAAAAGCUGCGGCAGGGACCUCAGCAGCGUGGCCGCCCUGGCCGCCGAGCACAAGGCCACGCUGGGCGAGCUGGGCCAGCGGCGGGCGCUGCUCCACCGGAGCCUCCAGCAGGGCGAGAAGCUGCUGGCCCGGCGGCCCCCGGGGGGCUCGGGGGGCGUCCGCGAGAAGCUGCGCUCCGUCUGCCUGCGCUGGAAGAAGCUGGAGGAGCUCACCGGGCUCCACCAGCGGCGCCUGGAGGAGGCCUCGGCCUUCUUUCGGUUCUCGGCCGAGACGGACGAGCUGGCGGCGCGGCUGCGCUCGGCCUUCCGCGUGGCCGCCAGCGACGACUUCGGCCACGACGAGCACUCGAGCCGGGCGCUGCUGCGGCAGCACCGGGCGCUGCUGGAGGAGCUGGAGAAGCAGCGGGAGGCGGUGCUGGCGCUGCGGGGGCGGCUGGCGGAGCUGGCGCCGCCUCACCGGCAGGGCGUGCAGGCGCAGAUCGGCGUGGUGGAGGUGGAGCAGCUCUUCGGGGAGGUGGCCGAGGUGGCCGUGCUGAGGACGCAGUGGCUGCAGGACGCGCUGGCCGUCUACGGCCUGCUGGGGGAGGUGGACGCGUGCGAGGCGUGGCUGGACGAGAAGGAGCAGUGGCUGGGGGGGAUGGAGGUGCCCGAGGAGCUGGACGAGGUGGAGGUGGUGCAGCACAGGUUCGAGAGCCUGGACCAGGAGAUGAACAGCGUCAUGGGCCGCAUCCUGGACGUCAACCAGGUGGUGCAGCAGUUGGUGGACGGGGGCCACCCCAGCUCCGAGGAGGUCCAGGCGUGCCAGGACCACCUCAACAGCCGCUGGAACGAAGUGGUGGAACUGGUAGAAUCCAAGAAAUCCCAGCUGGCGUCGGUGCAGAAGAUCCAGAACUUUUUGCUGGAGUGUUCCGAGCUGCAGGCUCAGGUGCGGGACAAGCGCCGGGCCAUCGAGGCCGCCCGCGCGGGAGGAGACGGCGGCUGCGGCUCCAAGGACGGCGCGGCGGGGGCGGCCGCCCUUCGGCGCCGCUUGGCCAGCGUGGAGGCCGCCCUGGCGGUGCUGGAGCCGCGCCUGGCCGAGCUGCGGCGCCGGGGCGAGGCUUUGGCCGCCGCCCACCCCGCGCGGGCGCUGCAGGUGCUGCUGCCCUUCGGCGACGUCGGCCGCGAGUGGGCCGGGCUGGAGCGCGCCCUGCGCGCCUGCGAGGACGCCCUGGCCGUGGCCGGGAGGCUGCAGCGCUUCAUCCACGACCUGGACGCUUUCCUGGCCUGGCUGGUGAAGGGCAGGGAGGCGGCGGCGCGGAGGGACCUGCCGGGCACGCCGGGCGAGGCCGAGCGGCUGCUGGAGCUGCACGUGGCGCUCAAGGAGGAGAUCGACGCCCGGGAGGAGGAUUACGCCCGCAUCCAGGCGGCCAGCGAGCUGCUGGCCCUGCAGGACCUGGAGGGGCCCCAGCUGUCCCUGCAGCAGUGGCUGCAGCAGCUGGAGGCCGGCUGGGCGCGGCUGCUGCAGAGCUGGGAGGACAGGAGGGAGGUGCUGGCGCAGUGCCACGUCUACCAGCUCUUCCUCAGGGACGUGCGGCGGUGCCAGGGCACCCUCGGCAAGCAGGAGGCCACCCUGGCCCAGGCCGAGCUGCCCGACACCCUGGAGGGGGUGACCAAGGCCCUCAAGGAGCACAGGGACUUCACCACCACCCUGGAGCUGAACCUGCAGAAGGUCCAGCAGGUCCUGCAGGCCGGGGAGAGCCUCCAGAGGCAGCAGAACCUCCACAGCGACCGCGUGGCCGAGGCCGUGCGGGAGCUGCGCCAAAAGAGCCAACAGAACCAGGAGCUGGCCCAGGAGUGGACGCGGAAGCUCCAGGACCACCUCGAGCUCCACAAGUUCCUCCAGGAGUGCCAAGAGCUGGAUGGCUGGAUCCGCGAAGGUGCUGAUGGCGGGGACCCCACGCGAGACCCCGGCCAGGGCCCCAAGCCGUGGCUCCAACACCCCGCGUUCCUGGCCGAGCUGGCCCAGAACCGUCAAUGGCUCCAGAGGAUCGAGAAG